GCAUUAUUAUAGACUCUACCUUACAAUACAAAGCGCCCUUUAGGCGACUGUUGUUGUGAUUUUCCAGUGUAUAAAUAAAACAGAAUUUAAUUGAAAUUGUAAAUAUUUGGCUUGCCUAUGUGGGCAGCUAUAAAACUUCAGCAGAGCUUGAAGCUGUUGAUUUUGGAGCAGUGAGACGGUGAUGCUGGUGUUCCAACAGUUUGUAGUUCAUGGAAGCUUGAGCUUUGGUGGUUCCUGGGUGUGAGCUUGGUGGACGGGCCCAGAGAGCCUUGAACUAGUUUGAAGCCGACAUGGAGAGUGACUCUGAAACACACAGUGGUGAAGAUACUACUCCAGAUGACUGGAUGGAAUUGGCUGAUGACAGUCCAGAUGCCGCACAGAAACCCUCAGACAAAAAGGAUUUUAAACUGUCCCUGAUCACCUGGAAUGUGGAAGGGAUUAAUGGGGAAAAACUUCCAGAGCGUGCCAGAGGCCUGGUUAAAUAUUUAAACUUAUACAACCCUGAUGUGGUGUUCCUGCAGGAGCUCAUUGACCCUUAUGUCCAGUUCUUGAAGAAACGGUUUGAGAGCUACCUGAUGAUUGAAGGUGCUGAGGAAGGUUACUUCACAGGGAUGUUGCUGAAAAAGUCACGAGUCACAUUGGUGGAGAGUGAGAUAGUAGCUUAUCGCACCACUCAGAUGAUGAGGAACCUGCUUGUCGCUCAGGUGAUCGUCGACGGCCAGAAGCUGUGCCUGAUGACAUCCCACCUUGAGAGCGGUAAGGCAUGUUCUAAAGAGCGUAUGAAUCAGCUGCAUGUGGUGAAGUGGAGGUUUAAACGUGCACCUGAUGAUGUCACCGUUGUGUUUGGGGGAGACACAAACCUGAGAGAUGCGGAGGUGACCAAGGUGGGCCUGCCUGCAACUGUCUGUGAUGUGUGGGAGCGACUGGGCAAGCAGGAGCACUGCCGCUACACGUGGGACACCACUACUAACACCAACAAAACUUUACCCUUUGUCGCUCGCUGUCGCUUUGACAGAAUCUACCUCCGCCCGGCUAUCAACCGUGGAGUCCCUCGUCUGGCCCCUGAUCACAUGGCCUUGGUGGGGCUGGAGAAGCUGGACUGUGGCCGCUACACUAGUGAUCACUGGGGAAUCUACUGCACCUUCUCAGCAGAAUAGAACUACACAAAACAACCAGAAACAUGACAGUUAAUCAUUUUACUUUAGAUCAGCUGCUCUUGAAAUUACUGUAACGCUAUGCAGGAAGAUGUUCUUAUUGCCUGUAAAUUAUUUAUCCUUAUUUAAUCACUUCAAUUUAAUUCAUCCUCUAAUGUGUGGUUGCUUAAGUGUUUUAUGUGGUUAAAAUGACAAAAAUAUGAAUACGAAAUGUGAAUAUGAAUAUGAAAAGUACCAAUAAAUUAUGUCUGCUUUGUUUUAAUAUAAACUUACAUUGAUGGAUGAAAAGUCCAUUAACAGAAGUCUGACAGCUCUUCAGCUUUUAACCUUGUUACAUGAUCUUCCUCAGUGGAUGGAGUUGGGACUGAAAAACACCACACACAGCAUGAGAAACCCUACUGGGAUGUUACUCUGUAUGUAAUACAAGCAUCAGGCCACUAGAGAGCAGUACACAGUUGAAUAGCAACUGUUCAAGCAGUGAGGUUUUUUUUAUACACUUACGACUGAAGCUCUUGAUUAGCAAGACUAUGAAAACAACCCAUGUUUUAGAGGAAGGUGAACUGCUCACAUCAGAAAACAUCAGACAAUCUGCAAUUAACUUAAUCUUCUAGAUCAUUUCCAGGAAGAGCAGACACGGAUAUAAAAACGGGUUGACCUGAUCUGUUCAUGUGAGGAGUCAUGAAAUGCAGGAUGAUAGGACAGACAGACUUGACAAAGCAAUAAAACAAAACAAAACAAAACAAAACAUAUAUAGCCUUUAUUGUUGCUAAUGCAGAUCCAGAAUAUAAAAUACCAAAGUCCAAAGAAACAAAUAAGAAAUCAGGAGGGAAGGCUCUCGGGCUUAAACACAGCCAAACUGAGGUUACAUAUACAGACAGAACAGGUAAUAAGGCAAAUGGAAACAUCACGGUAACAAGACAUAAAGACAAUACCAAAAGCAGUCAAAGCACAAAAGAUCAGUGACUAUCAGAAAAAAAAAGGAGUUAGCGUAACAGGGACUCACAGAGAUAAAGAUUUGACAAGAAGAGGAUACAAGGGAGUCCCAAUAAAAUUUGUCAAACCACAAAAUCUUAAACAGAAGCUCUGGAAGUUCUAAAAGCUCAAAAUGACCCAAAAUAUUAAAAAUAAAAUCGGCCACCAGAGGAGUGGUGUCCUGUACAGCAUCACUAGCACAGCAUAUCAGAAGCUUAUUUCCAGCAGGCCACAUAGAAUUGCAGAUGUUGUGAAGCAGUGUCAGCUCUAUAUUUGUUUAAUAUUUGUUUGCCAAUAACAUCCUUAAAACUAUUUAUAAUUGUUCUAUUCUUGAUUCGAUUCGAUUAGUCGUCACAAAAGCAGUUUAUAACUCAAAUAAUGAAUUGCUUUUUGGCAUCUAAUCUGAAGUGCAGACAAGAUGUGAACAUAUGUAUAUUCCACAUAUGCAGACAUGUAUACACAAACAAACUACAAUGUUUACAGUAUCUACACGAACAUAUAUAUUUUUAUUGUAUGAAAUGUAUGUCAUUAAAAACACAUUGAAAAAGUACUAAAACUGAUGCGGCAAAUCAUAUCAAAUUAAACAUUUGUGUCACUGCUAAAACUUUUAGCUGUGACUGUAUGAGAAAUGUGUUUGUGUGCAAUCGUUUACAUGUAUUUGUCAGUGUGGCCUUGCGCACAGGAAUUUGCACAUUUUCUGAAUUUACGGAAGUCUGCUUUAAUGGUGUAAUCCCAGUAUGAGGAUGAGAUCGUAAUAUUUAACUCAAUGCAUAAGCUGACUUUUUUACAUCCAUCUGUAAGACAUUUUAACACAGUAUGUGUUUUCACUCACUCUGCUUUAGCAUGUUUAAACCUGCCUCUGCAUCCUUGCGAGUUUCACUUGUGGUUGAUUGAUAUUGCUCGGUGCCAUGAUAAAAUUGUACCAACGAUUUUUUAAUAAUUAAACCGUGUCUGCAGCAAAUGAGGACAAAGGUUGUGCUAAACAUGACAUAUUUGCUGCCUAUUGGUAAUUCUUAUCAAUAACCCAGCAUAACAUAGUAACAGUAGGCCCAAAGGAUUAGUAAAAAAAAUAACUAUAGCAUUUAUAAUUAAAAUUGUAAUAACAUCUGCUUGUUUUUACCUUUUUUCUAUAUAAAAUAAUGUUAAAUAUCUGAUUUGAAAAAGGUGUCUUAAGAUGUUAUCCUAUCCAAUGAGUUCCUCCCUGAAGCCAGACGUAAUCUGUCUCCUCGCACAGCCUGUCUGGACGCACCCCCCCACCCCGCCACUUCUCCCUGUAAUACAGCCUCUGAGUGCAUUUCUCAUGUUUGUUUGGUGAGCAGUCAGCACAGUUUUUAUAUCACUGCCACACAGUGAGGAAAAGCUGACCUCAGGAGAGGACACAGAUGUGACUUUUCCCUGGGAGCAGCCAUCAUCAGAAAAGGCCUCCCACCCUCGUUUGUCCCCUGGUCCCUGAUUAGCAAGGACACAUGGACCAAAUACGUCCAGCUCUGCUGAGUUCAUCUGAAGCCUGCAACACAAACACUUCAAGACUAAACAUCCUCUUCUAUUGAAGCAUUAUGCAGAUUUUUUUGGUUUUGGAGUUUCAUGUAAUUCAAAUCUCUCUAAUUCCUAUUUUUUGUGCAAGUAUUUGGGAAUUGGGUUGAAACCUAAAAUGAUGAAAACUUUUCAUAUUGCUGACCA